AUGCCUGUGCCGCCCGUUGCCGCCCGUUGCUGCCCGUGCCUGCGCUGCCCGUUGCCGCCCGUUGCUGCCCGUGCCUGUGCUGCCCGUUGCCGCCCGUUGCUGCCCGUGCCUGUGCUGCCCGUUGCUGCCUGUGCUUGUGCUGCCUGUUGCUGCCUGUUGCUGCCCGUGCCUGUGCUGCCUGUUGCCGCCCGUUGCUGCCCGUGCCUGUGCCGCCCGUUGCCGCCCGUUGCUGCCCGUGCCUGCGCUGCCCGUUUCCGCUUGUUGCUGCCCGUGCCUGUGCUGCCCGUUGCCGCCCGUUGCUGCCCGUGCCUGUUGCCGCCCGUUGCUGCCCAUGCCUGUGCUGCCUGUUGCCGCCCGUUGCUGCCCGUGCCUGUGCCGCCCGUUGCUGCCCGUUGCUGCCCGUGCCUGUGCUGCCUGUUGCCGCCCGUUGCUGCCCGUGCCUGUACUGCUUGUUGCCGCCCGUUGCUGCCCGUGCCUGUGCUGCCCGUUGCCGCCUGUUGCUGCCCGUGCCUGUGCUGCCCGUUGCCGCCUGUUGCUGCCCGUGCCUGUGCUGCCCGUUGCUGCCUGUUGCUGCCCGUGCCUGUGCUGCCUGUUGCCACCCGUUGCUGCCCGUGCCUGUGCUGCCCGUUGCCGCCUGUUGCUGCCCGUGCCUGUGCUGCCCGUUGCUGCCCGUGCCUGUGCUGCCUGUUGCCGCCCGUUGCUGCCCGUGCCUGUGCUGCCCGUUGCCGCCCGUUGCUGCCCAUGCCUGUGCUGCCCGUUGCUGCCUGUUGCUGCCCGUGCCUGUGCUGCCCGUUGCUGCCUGUUGCUGCCUGUGCCUGUGCUGCCUGUUGCUGCCUGUUGCUGCCCGUGCCUGUGCUGCCAGUUGCCGCCCGUUGCUGCCCGUGCCUGUGCUGCCCGUUGCUGCCCGUGCCUGUGCUGCCUGUUGCCGCCCGUUGCUGCCCGUGCCUGUGCUGCAUGUUGCCGCCCGUUGCUGCCCGUGCCUGUGCCGCCCGUUGCCGCCCGUUGCUGCCUGUGCCUGCGCUGCCCGUUGCCGCCCGUUGCUGCCCGUGCCUAUGCUGCCUGUUGCCGCCCGUUGCCGCCCGUGCCUGUGCUGCCUGUUGCCGCCCGUUGCUGCCCGGGGUGUCUCUGCAUUAG